AGAGCCACCUGAUAUUGAUCUUUUUGGUCAUUUGACUGAAGUCAAGCUCGUCAUUCCUUCUACACAGCCACAAGAAGCCACGCUUUAUGUAAGUAACGUAUUAAAGGCCGCUCAUGACUUAGCCUUCGGAUCUAUAUCGUCUUGGCUUGCUGGCACGGACCUGUACUAAUCUCAUCAUGCACCGGCCGAAUGAACAAUCAGUGGAGUGCGCGAGUCAUGUAGUCGUUGAACGCCCCACAGCCCGUGUCGCAUUACCACCUCCUGCGGUAGACGGUGACUCCGAUGGGGAAGCCGAGGCAGAUGGAUCCCAAGCAAAUGAUGGUGAUCUCUUGGAAGACUUUCCAGACGAAACUGACGAAUUAGAACUCGUUCACUCGAGGUUGAGCUCUUUAGCAAACCUUCGACUCGACCGGUUCGCAAGGCAUCUGAGGAAGUUAUGUCUCAGACAAAAUGCUAUAUCGCAUCUAGAUCCAGAGAUCUUUAAGCUGCUCACGCAACUUGAAGAACUUGACCUGUACGACAAUAAACUCAAGACUGUGGGAGAUGCACUAGACAAUUUGUCUGCUAUAACCGUUCUGGACCUUUCGUUCAACCUUCUACGACAAGUGCCGGAGGCACUGUCGCAUCUACGAUUGUUGAAGACCGUGUAUUUCGUUCAAAACAAGAUCUCCAAAAUCACUGGCUUCAAAUCUGUUGGAGCGACAUUAAAAAGUCUUGAACUUGGGGGAAAUAGAAUACGGCAUAUCGAAGGGUUGGAUGCGUUGGUUAACCUGGAAGAAUUGUGGCUUGGAAAAAAUAAGCUCACAAAACUAGAGAAUCUGAGUACACUGAGAAGACUGAAAAUAUUGUCUCUUCAGUCUAAUAGGAUCACAAAGAUCGAGGGUCUAGAUCAAUUAGUCGAUCUGGAAGAGCUCUACCUGAGCCAUAAUGGAGUUGAGCGUUUGGAAGGUCUCGAGAACAAUACAAAGCUGAGAACACUUGACGUUGGUGCAAACUUUGUUCAAGCUAUCGAAAAUAUCUCGCAUCUGACAUCCAUAGAGGAGCUCUGGCUCAAUAACAACAAGAUUGCUGAUCUACGAUCCCUUGAGUCGCAGCUCAAGAAUAUGGCAUCGCUUGAAACAAUUUACCUGGAAGGCAAUCCUUGUCAGCAGGCCGAAGGUGCGAGUUACAGACGGAAGAUAAUGCUUGCGCUUCCUCAGGUUAAGCAAAUUGAUGCCACUGUCUGGCUGAACAAGUCUGUAGCUUUGCAAAACCGUUUUGACCCAACAAUUUUCUUGCAAUGGGAUGGUACUGAUUUCAAUUAG